GUAUAUAUACCGCCAUUUGUAGACGCUAUAACUUGCACGUAAACCAAAUAAUUUACAUGCAUGUACAGGGGCGGACUGACAACUCAUGGGGCCCCCGGGCAAUAGGGGAUCAUGGGGCCCCUGUGUCCUUGCCCAAACUCAAAAAAGCCAAUGAAAAAGGUACCAGGGGCAUCUCAUGGGGCCCCCUACUGACCCCAGGCCCUCGGGCAGUGCCCGAGUUUCCAAAUGGUCAGUCCACCCCU